GUAUUGAUGGCCUACAUGUUGGGUAUAAUAGAAGCCCUGGACACAAUCCAGAUAUGACUGGAGGCUGGUUUCGUUUUGAACCUCCUGUGAUGUGGCUUCAUGCAUUGCUAGGCGGGCAGCAGCUUGACGCUGCCAAAAGGAGGAGGGAAGAAUCUUGCUUGCCUGGCUUUUGGCUACACGGUAUGAACUCGGAGGGCUUCAGUCAGUUUAGUGAAGUGGUAAGAGACUUCCAGGAAUAUAUAGAACCAGGCGAGGAUUUUCCAGCUUCUCCACAGAGAAGAAAUACUUCAUUACAGGAAGACAAAGAUGACAGUGUGAUUUUACCCCUGGGUGCAGAUACACUAACAUGUAACUUAGGCAUUCCAGUAGUAGUAGUUUGUACAAAGUGUGAUGCCAUCAGUGUUCUAGAAAAAGAGCAUGACUACAGAGAUGAACACUUCGACUUCAUUCAGUCACAUAUCAGACGGUUUUGCUUACAAUAUGGGGCAGCACUUAUUUACACUUCAGUAAAGGAGAACAAAAACAUUGACUUAGUGUAUAAAUACAUAGUCCAGAAGUUGUAUGGAUUUCCUUUCAAUGUUCCGGCUGUUGUUGUGGAAAAAGAUGCAGUAUUUAUUCCUGCAGGUUGGGAUAAUGACAAGAAGAUAGGAAUAUUGCACGAGAACUUUCAGACGCUAAAAGCAGAAGACAGUUUUGAAGAUAUCAUAACAAAACCACCAGUUAGAAAGUUUGUUCAUGAAAAAGAAAUUGUAGCAGAAGAUGACCAAGUGUUUCUUAUGAAGCAGCAGUCACAGUUGGCGAAACAACCACCUACUGCUGCAGGAAGGCCAGUGGAUGCCUCCCCAAGAGUUCCUGGAGGAUCUCCUAGGACACCAAAUAGAUCCGUAACAUCAAACGUUGCCAGUGUUACACCUAUCCCUACUGGGUCAAAAAAAAUUGAUCCUAAUAUGAAAGCUGGAGCUACUAGCGAAGGAGUCCUGGCUAACUUCUUCAAUAGUCUCCUGAGCAAGAAAACUGGUUCCCCUGGUGGCCCUGGCAGUGUUGGUGGCAGUCCAGGAGGCGGCGGCACAGGAAGUGCUGGCAGCAACUUGCCACCAUCAGCAAAAAAGUCAGGUCAGAAGCCAGUUUUAACAGAUGUUCAGGCAGAAUUGGACAGAAUUUCACGAAAACCUGAAAUGGUCUCUCCUACAACACCUACAUCUCCCACAGAAGGUGAAGCAUCUUGAAGGCACCAAAUAAAACCAAUUGUUCAGUUUUUCUGGGAUAAUUCAAACUUGCCUCUGCCUCUUCCUUCAGUGACUGGAACUAAAGAACUGAAAUAUCUUUCAGAACACAAACAGUUGAUGUCUGUCUUUCUUUCAUAUGUGUUGCCCAACUUUACAAAAGGGAGCUGUACAGAUGGAAAAUGGUUAUCACAUCACGUAGGAGUACCGUUCACAGUGCAAGAAUAGUAAAUCAAUUUUUUUCAGGGUUUUGUGGAAAAGUCAGUGUAAUUCUGUAAAAUUGCAAGUAUGUCCACUUAAGUGAUAGGGGUUGCUUAGAGCAGAAAAACUGAUACACACCACAGGCACUUAAUUUAUAUUAUUUCCCAACCUGUUUGGCAAGUUUAAUACCAUCUUAAAUAGAUUAACCUCUAAGGGAGAGAACUACUAGUAGUUUUUGGAAGAGAAAAUUAAUUGCUCAAAACUAUGACAACAAACUCCAGUUACACUUGAACACUUCAUUUGGAGCAUGGUUAAAAAAAAUCUGUUUGAUCUCUGAGAUUUACACUGCAUUCAAAAGCCCAUGUGAAAAUUCAUUCCAGAUAUAAGACUAAAUUAGUGGCCAGGUUUUUUUUUUUUGUUUUUCUCUUUGAUUAAUUUCAGACACUGAAUCAAAGAUGUAUAAAGAAAAAGCAGAGGUUAAAUGUACAGAUUAUCAGUAUCCAGAUUUGUCUAUAUAUAUGGCUUGGCCUUAAUGUCCCCCACUAUGUUUCCCACAUUAGUUACGGUUUAAAAUUGGUCAUCAAAACUGUAAUCAGUUAAUAAAGUAUUCUCUGCAUUCAAAUUUAAGUAACUUUCA